AUGUCCUGCCCUACUGACAUCUGGUCGGGAGGCUCGUCGCACCUGGCGCAGCAGGAGGCGCCCGUGGUGGUGCGGGACGGCACCAACAAGUCGGUGGUGCUCGACUGUAAUUACACGCUGGCCGAGAGUGACGUGCUGUUCCACGUCAAGUGGUUCCACAUCCGGUCGGGCCACACACAGGUGUACCAGUGGAUUCACGACAUGGCGCCCCAGGCGCUCGGUCCGCUCAAGCACCACGUCAACCUGCAGUACCAGGCGUCGGAGGACACCAACGAGCGCUACCGGGCGCUGCAGAUCCUGCGGCCCACGGUGAACCUGAGCGGCGAGUACCUCUGCCGGGCCACUUCGGCGCUCGACAGCAAGCUGCUGCGCCAGAGGCUCAUCGUGUACGCUCCUCCGCAGCGGAUGACUCUGUUCUACACGCGGCACGGGGUCGACAUGGUUAACGUCACGUGCCACAUGGAGGGCGUGUACCCGGAGCCGCACGUGCAGCUCUACCGCGGACCUAACACGCGCUCCUUGGUGCCAAUUGAGGCGCUCCAGAAGUACGUGUCCUGGCGGGACGGUCUGUAUGUGGUGACCGCCUUUUGGCUGACCCGGGACGAGUUUCUGGACGACCAGACCCUCUUCGUCUGCAGCAUGAGCAUACCGGACACAGACCACCAAGAAGUGCACCAAAUCACCUACCCCGGGGCUGAUCACAUGGGGCCGCCAGAGGCAGCUGUCUCGGCAAAAGGUGGAUUCAAACCUUCAGCCGCAGGCCGGGCGGCGAACGCCCUGGGCGGGCCGGCGCCGACGCUGCUGACCUCGCUGCUCUGCUGGCUCGGCGCCUGGCGACUGUGGCGGAGGGCCGCUGAGGCUGCCGACUGAGCGGGCGACCACACGUCAACCGACCGCCGGCUGUCGACUUGUAUCGCCCUGAGGCGGACACGAGCCGGGGCGGCCCAAGCGCCCAGCCAGACGUCCUGGACGUCCUGGAGCCAGACGCCCAACAGGAGAUGAGGCUAGGCUUGGUCCGCUGCGGAGGCUCGCUUCAGAAGCGUCGCAAGGUGUGGUGCUUGACGAGCCCGGGCCGACGGCGCCAUGUACCCUUUUUGAGGCAAGAAAUCGCCGACCAAUCAGCGUUCUUCGGACCCUGAAUGUGAUAUUCGGAACCAGUGCGGUGCCGUGGUAACGUUCCAGCAUACUGGAUGUCCGCAGCAGGUUCAACAAUGGGUGGUUCAUCCCUCGAAUGACGGCUUCGAAUGAAUGUGACGUUCAGUGCGGCUGCGUGAUGUGAAUUUGCAUACUGACUGGAGUGUUGAGAUUGUGAUACGCAUCUGCAGAGAGCCGCUAUCAAAUAAUAGUGCUAUGGUGUCUUGUUAACUGAGUUCAUUCGCAUGGGCUCGUCAAGGCAUCCAUUUAUUUAUUUCACACGUCGCUUUGCUUGAUUUCGUUUGUGCUAUUUCAAGGAUGAUCACACAAUCCGCGCGGGGACAAUACAUCUGAAU